AUGCCGCCAAUCACUGUUACUGAACCGCCGAGUUCAGAUGCACCAGAGCCUAUUGCUAUAAUUGGCAUGGGUUGCCGAUGGCCUGGUGAUGCAGAGUCACCAUCUGAACUCUGGGACUAUCUGGAUUCCAAACAGAAUUCCUAUAGCAAAUUUCCCAAGGACAGGGUCAACGUUGAUGCGUUCUAUCAUCCCGACGGCAACCGGCCAGGUUCUUUCAAGACUGAGGGUGGCUGCUUUCUUAAGUCCGACGUGCGACAGUUCGACGCAAGCUUCUUCGGAAUCCACCCAAAGGAAGUCCUGACCCUGGAUCCUGCCCAGAGGAAGUUCUUGGAGGUUGUAUAUGAAGCAUUUGAAUCGGCGGGAGUGCCCCUCCACAAGCUGUCGGGUUCCAGGACCGGUACCUUUGUGGGAAACUUCAAUUACGAUCACCAGCUGAUGCACUACCGCGAUCCCGAGAAUGCUUUGCCUUACUCCGUUACCGGCAGUGGCAUUACGAUUCUUAGCAACCGGAUCAACUAUGUUUUCAACCUCAAAGGCCCUUCCAUGACCCUCGACACGGCCUGCUCCAGCUCACUCUAUGCACUCCACCUCGCCUGCUCAGCCAUUCAAACCGGGGACUGCGAUUCGGCCAUAGUUGGCGGGACCAACCUGAUUUUAACCCCUGAGUGCCAGAUAUUCUCAUCGGUCUUGGGUGCUGUUUCGCCCACAUCAGUCUGUCAUACGUUUGAUUCGAGAGCGGAUGGGUAUGCCCGGGCGGACGGAAUCGGUGCACUCUUCGUGAAAAGGUUAUCUCAGGCUGUGGCCGACGGCGACCCCAUCAGGGCCGUGAUCCGAGGGACAUCCUUCAAUGCAAAUGGUCGCACUGGAGGGAUCACUCACCCGAGUCCAGAAGGUCAAGAAGCUUGCAUACGCAGGGCGUACGAGCGGGCCGGGGGGCUAGACAUGUCGCUAACCGGAUACUUCGAAUGUCACGGAACUGGCACGCCCGUUGGAGAUCCAAUCGAAGUAUCUGCCAUUGGCCAAGUUUUUGCGGGUAGCCGGUCGAGUUCCAAUCCAUUGUUGAUCGGGUCCAUCAAGUCAAAUAUGGGGCAUAGCGAGCCUUCCAGCGGCAUUGCUGGUGUGAUGAAAGCUGUCUUGGCAAUCGAACGAGGCAUAAUACCGCCUACGAUCGGCAUCGAGACCUUGAACCCCAACGUAGAUCUCAAGGAAGGACGGCUGAGGAUAGUUACCGAAAGUGUCCCGUGGCCAGAUCUUGGCAUUAGGAGAGCAAGUAUCAACUCGUUCGGAUACGGCGGUUCAAAUGCUCAUGCCAUUGUCGAAUCAGUUGACACAUUGCUCCCAGGGUAUAGAUCCCAACAUCAAGCCAGUACCGAAUCUUCCGGCAUCCAAGCCCUAGCCAGGCAGAAUGGAGUCUCAUCUCCUUUAGUUCGUACGAUUAAACCGAGCCAUACAAAUGGAAACACGAACGGUCUGGGUAGAACUAUGAACGGAAACAUGAAUGGCAGCGCAGACAGGCAUACCAACGGUACAACCAAUGGCGACACGAAUCAUGGAGGCGACUGGAACAAACUACGAACCUCCCAGUCGAAGACGCUAUUUUUGAUCCCAUUUUCGGCCCAUGAUGAAAAGACACUGCGCGCAAACUACGAUGCCUUGGUUAGGUCCCAAAACAGAUGGGACCUGGGAGAUAUUGCCCACACCUUGAGUGGCAGGCGUAGUCGAUUCCAGCAUCGAUCUUUCAUCGUAAAGGACAUAAAUAAUGGCGGACCCACGCUACCACAAGAGUUGCCGUACGUGAACAAGGUGCAAGCAGCUGGAAGUCCUACCUUGGGCUUCGUUUUUACAGGCCAAGGGGCGCAGUGGCCUCAAAUGGGGGCCUCCCUGAUGGCUGAGUACCCCAGCUGCCUGGCCACAAUUCGACGGCUGGACAGGUGUCUCGACGACCUCGACGAGGGAACAAGUCGGGAAUGGAGUAUUGAGGAAGUCCUGAAGCAGGACCAUCAACGCAGUCGCAUCCACGAGGCGGAAAUUUCACAGCCGCUGGUGACUGCCUUGCAAAUUAUGCUAGUAAACCUCCUGUCACAAUGGAACGUGACACCCCGUGCUGUCAUAGGCCACUCAUCUGGUGAAAUAGCCGCUAGUUACGCCGCAGGCCUUUUGACAGAGGAAGAAGCAAUGAUUGCGGCGUAUCUACGAGGCAAGGCCGUCGCGGAGAAUGAGGCUCGUGGCCUCAUGAUGGCAGUCGGUGGCCCCCUCGCACAAAUCCAACCCCUCAUCGACGAAUAUGAGGGUACGAUCAAGGUCGCGUGUCACAAUUCCCCAGAGAGCCAUACUCUAAGCGGUGAUGCCGACAACAUGUUGAAACUCAAAGCCUUGCUGGACGAUAAGAAGAUAUUUUGCCGCCUUUUGCAAACCAGCAACAAUGCUUACCAUUCGGAUCAUAUGAAAGUUCUUGGGCCACGGUAUGAAAGCGACCUCAACACUCUGAUGCCCAAGAGAUCAGGUGCCCGGUCGCUCAAGACUUCCAAGGCCCGCACUCAGGCGGUUUUCUUCUCCUCCGUCCAUGGACAUGCCGCCCCCGGGUCUAUACUGGGUGCAAAGUACUGGCGACAGAACCUCGAAUCGCCAGUGCUUUUCCACCAAGGCGUCGCGGAAUUGGUUACUCUGGCUCCUGUGGAGAUACUCAUUGAAAUCGGUCCCCAUGCGGCACUCCAGGGACCUCUGCGGCAGCUGUCUAACACGAUGGACAAGAAUGUCAAGUUUCCAGCAUACCUCUCAGCCAUUACGAGGGGCAGCGACAGUGCGCAAAACAUGCUGACACUUGCUGGCAGCCUCUUCGCUAGGGGAUACGAUGUCGAUCUCACCCGGGUCAAUGCUACAGAGAGUCGAGGUGGGGGUCAUUUCCAAACGGGUAAGAUCAUCACAGACUUGCCUCGCUACCAGUGGCAAUAUCCGAACGAAGUUCUGCUUUUCGAAAAUCGGUACACCCGCGAAUGGCGAUUACGUAUGCAUCCGCGACACGAUAUUCUAGGGAGCAGAAUUCCCGGCACGAACCAGACAGAACCGUUAUGGCGUAACAAAUUGGCCGUCAAAAACGUCCCUUGGCUGGGAGACCAUCGUCUUGGGAAGGACGUCGUGUUCCCCUCCACGGGUUAUCUCGCCAUGGUCUUAGAGGCCUCUACCCAGGUCGUUGAGACAGAGGGUCUCAAAGCCUCUGAUGUCGAGUAUUACGAUAUACGGAAUGUCAGUCUUUCCAAAGCGCUCAUUGUACCCGAGGACGACUUUGGAAUCGAAACUCUGUUCUCGUUGCGACCUACCUCGCUUAAUGCCGUAUCCCGUCACCAGUGGCUCUUUGACUUUGUUCUCACUACGGUCUCGAACAACCAGGGAGUGGAUACAUUCACAGAACAUUGCCGGGGACAGCUUGAAUACUAUCUGAGCCUAACGUCGGCAGCAUUCCCUGAGAGCUGCAUUAUGAACGAACUGCAAGCUUCUUCGAGAAAUAAGAACAUCAAUGCCGCACAAUGGUAUGAAAGCUUUGCGAGAGCGGGGCUUUGCUAUGGUCCCAUGUUCCAGGGCCUGUCCAAUAUUUCUGCUAUCGGAACAGCGAACAGUUCCAAGGCGAGGAUUGGCCUUGAACCAACUGCCAAGGCAAUGCAAGGAGAGUCGAGAUACAUCCUCCACCCCGCAGCCCUAGAUGCCAGUAUGCAGCUCUCGAUUCUCGCGGCGCACAAAAAUACUGCCACCAGGUUUAAGCGGGCAUUCAUGCCCACUAGCUUUGAAAGUGUCAAAGUAUGGCCAGGAGUUGCAAGUCAGAGCAAUACUCAUGCCGAAUCGUAUGCGAACGCUACACUGAAGGGCGUUCGGGGCUUGUCGGCCGAUGUCCUGCUCUUAGGGGCCGAGGGCCAAAGAAUGUUCGAGGCGACAAACAUUUUCCUCACAGCUUCAGAUCAAUCUGCGCCGAAGCUCAUCGAAGAAUCGAGUCCCUACACACGCAUGGUGUGGAAGCCCGAUUUUGAGUAUCUGACCUCGCAAAUUCUGGCCCAGCUCCACCCGACAGUGGUUCUACAAGACGAUGCCAUCAUUCCUUCCCUCAACCACCUUGCAUUGCACCAGCUGAUCCACUUCAAAGCGGUGCAUUCGGAAGUCUUCCAAAAAGGAUCGAAAGAACCACAUCUACAAAGGCUACUUGAUUGGACCGCGGAAAAGCUUGCAGCCGCAGAAUCCGAUCCCAACAGCCCGGCUUCCACCAUUACCAAAUAUGACAAUACGUAUCGAGAGCAAGAGAUAGAACGUCUGUCAAGCGCCCUGAAACCCCGGUCAUCCGAGGCGCGGCUCAUGUGUCAGCUCUACAACAACCUCGGCGCCAUCUAUAAUGGAGAGAAAUCGGGCAUCCAAGUGGCGCUGCAGGACAACUUGCUACUUGACAAUUAUGAGACUGGUCAGGUAUAUCGGGAAGGCAACCGAAGGCUGGCUUCGGUGGUGGCAUUGUAUGCUCAUCUGCUUCCCGGCAUCCGAAUUUUCGAGAUCGGCGCGGGCACUGGUAGCGCAACCAACGAGAUCCUCCCCGCUCUGAAGGGGGACAAUAGUUGGCGCCAAUACUCGGAGUAUCGAUUCACGGACACGACCCCGUCAUUCUUGGCCGGUGGAGAAGAGAGGUUCUCCAAAUUCGGUGGCAUGUCGUUUGGGACUUUUGAUAUGGAGAAGAGCGGACAGUCCCAAGGCUACCAGCAAGACUGGGACGUCGUCGUUGCCUCAAAUGUCAUACAUGCCACAUCCGACAUCCAAGACACGCUCGUCAAUGUUCGAAACCUCCUCAAGACCGGUGGAAAGAUGAUCCUCCUGGAGUUGACCCAGUCCCAGCUCAGCGCAGGCUUGGUACUGGGCACCUUCAGCGACUUCUGGAAAGCCGAUCACGACCCCAGCUAUCCAAGAUAUGACGGCCCAUUCUUGAGCAAGUCGCUCUGGCAGAAAGUUCUUCCCGCCUCGGGCUUUUCUGGUCUCGACUUCUAUCUCGACGACUACGCGGGCGGCAACGUCUCAGCGACAGUCAUCUGUGCCACGGCCACGGAGCCCGUGCAAAGUGUACCGCGCCCAAUAUCUGACCUAAAAGGGCCUGGUAUUACGAUUGUUUACAGAUCAACGCCACCCCUUUUCACCCAGCCAAUGGCUGAUCACAUCGCGCGGACCACCGGUGUGCCAAUCGCCAUGUUACCGUUGGCGGAAAUCGAAACAGCUCAAACAAAUCGAUACAUUUUUAUUUUGGAGGUGGAUAGCCCAUUCUUCCUCGACGUCACGCCCAAAGAGUGGGGGAUGUUCCAGUCGGCCUUGAAGCACUCGACAUCUUCGCUCUGGGUGACCGGCGGGGAUCUCCUCGUUGGGAAAGAGCCACUUUAUGCCAUGGUCUCUGGGUUGGCCAAAGGCAUAAGGACAGAGAACAGCUCUGUCCGCUUUAGCAUUCUUGACAUCGAUCGUGUUCCCGACACCUCUGACUCAGAGAUCUUCAGCCUGGUCGGACAACUCGAGAACAGAGUGGCAGACUCUACGAGGCUGAACGAUGACUCUGAAUUCCGCUACAAGGAUGGUGUUCUCCAUGUCAGUCGCUUGGCCUCUGAUGAUACUCUUAGCGGUAAAUCUGAAGCUACAGCAGAUGCGGAGUCAACAACACAACAGCUGUCUCUGAAAGACUUGAAAACUACACCUCUCCAGCUUGCCAUAGAAAAACCAGGUGUAUUGAGUACGGUGUACUUCAAGCCAGAUCCCGAGUUCUCUAAGAUCCUGCCUGCGGACGAGGUAGAGAUCGAGGUGAGGUAUGCCGGUGUCAAUAACAAGGACCUAGCAGUCCUUACUGGCCGGCACCACUCCGACAGCUUCAGUGACGAAUGCUCAGGUAUUGUCACCAAGAUUGGUAGUGAGGUGGUGGACCUACAAGUGGGGGAUCUGGUAUACUGUCAGUCAUUCUCCAAAUUUGGCAAUUUUGUAAGAGAUAAGGCCACCUUCUGUCAGCGGCUUGAGGAUGGCGACACGUUGGAGGGAACAGCCACGUUGCCAAUCGCCUUCUGCACCGCCAUAUACGGCCUGAUGGAUUUGGGCCGACUGGAAAAGGGUGAGACGGUACUGAUCCAGUCUGCAACCGGCGCGGUCGGUCUGGCAGCUUGUCAGAUCGCUCGUAUGGUGGGGGCUGAAAUCUUCGCCACGGUCGGCACAGGAGACAAGAUGGCUGAAUUGUUAGCCAUGAAUUUUGGAAUCGAGGAAGACCAUAUUUUCCAGUCGCGAGACAGGUUCACAGCUCGGAAGAUCCUAGAGUGCACCGGUGGUAAGGGCAUCGAUGUGAUCUUGUGCAGUGCCCGCGGGGAGCUCAUGCACGAGUACUGGAGGACCAUCGCCAAUUGUGGGAGGUUCAUCGAGAUUGGAAGAACCGAGGUCCUGGACAACGGCAGCUUGAGCCUUGACGUCUUCAGACGCAAUGCUUCCUUUGCGUCUUUCGAUCUUGAAGUUUUGAGCAAGACCAGGCCUCACAUAACCGCCAGGUUGAUGAGAAAAAUUCAAGAACUCAAAUCCGAAGGACAUAUCAAGCCCCUACCGCUCACCCAGUUUGGUGUUGCCGAGAUCGAUAAAGCGUUCAUGACGUUUGCCAAGGGUGCCCAUGUCGGAAAGCUGCUCAUCAACUACGAUGCACAACUCGAGAAAGGCAUCAGUGUACAACGAGACGCUUUCACCGCGCAGUUCGAUCCAAACGCGGCGUAUCUGCUAGUCGGCUGCUUGGGAGGCCUAGGCCGAAGCUUCAGCGCAUGGGCUGUCUCUCGUGGGGCCCGCCACUUGAUCUAUCUAUCUCGCUCCGGAGCUGUUGGCGACGAGGCCAGAGACUUUGUCGAGGAACUCGGAGACCAUGGCGUCGACGUUUCGAUCGUCAAAGGCGAUGUGAACUCACUCGCUGAUGUGCAGACGGCGGUCAGUUCGGCCCAGCACCCUAUCAAGGGCGUCGUCCAAGGCGCGCUCACACUCCACGAUGGCCUGUUCGAGUCAAUGUCACUAGAUCGUUUCAACGCCACUGUCCACCCGCGUGUGAUUGGCACAUUGAACCUUCACAAGGCGACCAUGGACUGUCCCCUGGAUUUCUUCGAGCUGUGGUCUUCGUGGACCGUCAUCUUCGGCACUGCAACCCAGAGCAAUUAUCUCGCAUCCAACGCAUUCCUCGACGCGUUCGCCCGUCAUCGGCGGUCGCAAGGCCUACCUUGUACCAGUCUCGCUCUCAGCCAAGUCUUAGGCAUCGGCAUAGUUUCAUACAUGCCCGAGUACCAGCAAGCCAUGAUAAGAAAUGGUUUCUAUGGCAACGACGAAGAGGAGUUCUUGCAGUACUGCGAGCAAGGCAUCCUGCCGUCCCCGGCUGCUGACACGAUCCAAGAUCCGGCCUACCAGUAUGACCCGCACACAUUGGGCCACCUGCUAGUAGGCAUAGAACCUGCGGGUCUCAAGAAUGUGGACCAAAAGUACCCGCUCUCGGAUAUGCUCUGGUAUCACGAUCCUCGUUUCCAGAACCUUGUCCAGGCUACCACGUUGUUGUCUUCGGCGAAGCAGGAUAAACGAGAUGGUGCAGCAGAGGAGGGCACGGCGCUGGACAGGAUUUUGGGAAAACUCUCGCGGCUUCUCUAUAUCCCCAUCGACGAGGUUGAUACGGACCAGGCCAUCAACCACUACGGUAUAGAUAGCAUGGUCGCAGCUGAGCUGCGAAACUGGUUCCUUGCCACGUUUGGGAGGGAAAUCAGCAUGCUCAAGCUACUUAGCGCUACGAUGACGGUCCAGAAGUUGGCCGAGGAGGCAGAGGCCGAAACGACUCAAUGAACCAAGGAGGGAAAAUAAGGGAAGAAUACCGACUGGAUGUUGUUAGACACACAUUAUGCACGCCCGUAGCAAGUGAACUGGCAAAUUGAUUAUACGUUAUAGUUUUUGAACAAUCAUGAACUAUCGUCGUCAAUGUGCAAUUGGUUAUUAGGCUAAUGACGACAAGAUGGGGUACAAGAUGGAAUGCAUCGACUUAGAGACCCUUAGCGACGAUUAACAUGAAGCAUAUGCCACACACGUGAGUUACGAAUCUGCAUACGCUGAUCUUACUGUGGGCAGUAAGGACAACAUGAUGAAGAGUGGAAAAGAGCAUUCGGCGCUGCUGGGCAUUAAAUGGCAUUGAAACCUUGACGACCGCUGACCUAUGCAAGGUUGAUAGCUGGUGAAGCUC